GACAAACAUUCUGCACUAGUGACGACGCGUCGUUGCGAGUUUGGAGUGUUUGGCGAGUUUCACAUACGAUUUGGGUGUCCGAACUAGCUUAGGCUUCAACCUCCUACACACACAUUGAUUCUCGUCACAGGCCCAAUUCAAUGAACCCCAAGUACUUCCGAACAGCAGGGGGUCUUGGGGCCCCUACAGUCUCCUUCCAAGGGGGUGUUUUCAUUCCUGAGAUGAGGGCAGCCAGAGAGCACGAUGAAGCUAGGUGCAGAUUUUACGAUCCAAGCAGUCUGUUAGAAGCUCUGGGAGUCCCAAAGCUUCAGUUCUGACCCAACCCGACACGACCUACGAUGUUCCUGAAAGCAAUGUGCCCUGGGGAGACACAGAGCACAUUGAAAACCUUAUGUUCGGCCGAUGGAAUUAAGGAGGUCCUUAUAAUGCAUGGGAAAGCUGUUGUUCGCUCCAUUUUAGCUCAGGGUUGUGUCAGUACUGCACUUCUUUGCCUUCUGAGUUCAAUUGGUGAAUCAGCUGAAGGUAGAGAGGACAACCCAGCCGAUGACAUGGAGAGUGGUUCGGACAUCAUCGGGAGUGGGUCGGAGAACACUGGGAGUGGUUCGGAGAACACUGGGAGUGGUUUGGAGAACAUUGGGACAGCUGGACAUCCUUCUGGAGAAUGGGAUCUUCUUGCAGGCUUCCUUGCCCACCUCGACACAAGGCACACCAAACUCCAACCCAAACAUACCAAACUCGGAAACGACCUCAGCAUAUUGCAAACAACCUACACCAAACUGCAGGAGGAUCAUGAGGAGGCAAAGCAGAGAGUUCAAUGCCUGGUCGACGAGAACAGGGCCAUGCAAGGAAAUCUUCUGCACACUGGCCUCAUGUGUUUCCGAGGUCGGAAUGGGAAGCUCACCGACGAUCAGUUGCUCGCAAAAGUAGCACUGCUUGCCAAGCGAGUCGAGGCCAACAACAAGAAAGGUGCCUUCAUCUUUGGGAAGGAGAACGAACAUUCGUAUCGAGCAGCAAAGCUGUACACUGAGUACCACAAGCUCACCGACCUUGAGGACAUGGAGGUGAACGAUAUUGCUGUGAUGGCGAUGCGGGCUGUAGGUUCAAAAUGCCUGAGGCCCACUCACUGGCUCUGGGAAUUCAUUGCGAGUCAGUUACAGUUCUUUAUGGUCAAGGACUACCGUGGGCGGGGCUGCAGUAUCUUCUCUUCUCGUGUUACUGAGUUCUGGUUUGAAUUUGAGGCCCACUUUUGGGGCCGGGCUUACGAGUUUCUUGUCGGCAAAGGAUGGGCAGGAGUUGGGCGCAGUGGGCCUCUGUGA